ACGCUUGAAUAGCAAAUUAAAAGUCUGUAAAAGUCGAUUAACGCGCUUCAGUUUGCGGAAGUUUGAAGUUUCAUGAGGAAGAUUUACAACGGGUUAGGACUGUUAUAAUGGAAAACAAAUAAGUUUACAAGUAUACUUUUGUUGUGUAUAGUUUUAAAGUAUUUCAUAAUUAUUUUUCAUUGUGAUCGUAUUCAAUAUGAUAACAAAGAUGCAAGCACAAGCAAAUGUUGCCGUGCCACAAGCUGUCACAACGCAACCUCAGCAAAUUGUAGGUGUUCCAGCGAACGCCGUAAUCUUAAAGAUGUCGGAUAUCCAACAAAUUUCUACUGUGGGUCUUUUGGAGCUAGCGCAUAGGGAAUACCAAGCAGGUGACUACGAUAGCGCAGAGUUGCAUUGCAUGCAACUGUGGCGCCAGGAUUCGACUAACACUGGUGUGCUGUUACUACUUUCGUCAAUACACUUUCAAUGUCGGCGUUUGGACAAAUCUGCCCACUUUUCAUCACUUGCUAUCAAACAGAAUCCGUUAUUGGCAGAAGCUUACAGCAACCUGGGUAAUGUAUACAAAGAGAGGGGUCAACUCCAAGACGCUUUGGACAACUACAAGCAUGCAGUGCGGCUAAAGCCAGACUUCAUUGAUGGAUACAUCAAUUUGGCAGCAGCUCUUGUGGCGGCUGGGGAUAUGGAGCAGGCUGUUCAAGCUUAUGUCACUGCUCUACAAUACAAUUCGGAACUUUACUGUGUUAGAAGCGACUUGGGCAAUCUGCUCAAGGCUCUAGGACGCCUCGACGAGGCAAAGGCAUGUUACUUGAAAGCAAUUGAGACAAGACCAGAUUUCGCUGUCGCAUGGAGUAAUUUAGGGUGCGUGUUUAACGCUCAAAGUGAAAUCUGGUUGGCCAUUCAUCAUUUUGAGAAGGCCGUUGCAUUGGAUCCGAAUUUCUUGGAUGCAUACAUAAACCUUGGAAACGUUCUCAAAGAGGCUAGGAUUUUCGACAGAGCGGUAGCUGCAUAUUUACGCGCUCUUAACUUAUCUCCUAACAACGCCGUUGUACACGGAAACUUGGCGUGUGUCUAUUAUGAGCAAGGACUAAUUGAUCUAGCAAUCGAUACAUAUAGAAGAGCUAUCGAACUACAGCCAAAUUUCCCAGAUGCCUAUUGUAAUCUUGCCAAUGCUCUGAAAGAGAAGGGACAAGUCUCUGAUGCUGAAGAAUGUUACAACACCGCUCUAAGACUGUGUCCGUCGCACGCGGAUUCUCUUAAUAAUUUAGCAAACAUUAAACGAGAACAAGGGUAUAUAGAAGAAGCGACUCGGCUGUAUCUCAAAGCUUUGGAAGUAUUCCCAGAGUUUGCCGCAGCUCAUAGUAAUCUGGCAUCCGUUCUGCAACAGCAAGGAAAGCUCAAUGAAGCACUCAUGCAUUAUAAGGAAGCCAUCCGCAUUCAGCCUACAUUUGCUGAUGCCUACAGUAAUAUGGGAAAUACUCUUAAAGAGAUGCAAGACGUCGCAGGUGCGCUGCAAUGUUACACACGAGCUAUUCAGAUCAACCCAGCUUUCGCUGAUGCACACAGCAACCUCGCCAGCAUUCACAAGGAUUCAGGCAACAUCCCGGAAGCUAUUCAGUCAUACCGGACUGCACUCAAGCUGAAACCUGACUUCCCUGAUGCGUAUUGCAACUUGGCACACUGUUUACAAAUCGUAUGUGAUUGGACUGAUUAUGAGGCCAGAAUGAAGAAAUUGGUCAGUAUCGUUGCUGAACAGCUUGAGAAGAAUAGACUGCCUUCAGUACAUCCACAUCAUUCAAUGUUGUAUCCAUUGACUCACGAGUUCAGAAAGGCUAUUGCCGCUCGUCAUGCCAAUCUAUGCCUAGAGAAGGUUCAGGUCCUGCAUAAGCCUCCUUACAAAUUCCCUCGGGAACUACAAGGACGUUUACGCAUAGGCUACGUAAGCAGUGACUUCGGGAAUCAUCCUACUUCUCAUUUGAUGCAGUCUGUCCCCGGCCUGCAUGAUCGUAGCAAAGUUGAGGUAUUCUGCUACGCUUUAAGCACAGACGAUGGGACGACAUUCCGUUCGAAGAUAGCACGAGAAGCUGAACAUUUUACUGACUUGUCUUUAGUUCCUUGUAAUGGAAAAGCAGCAGAUAAGAUAUAUUCCGAUGGAAUACAUAUUCUGGUGAACAUGAAUGGCUACACAAAGGGAGCGCGGAAUGAGAUAUUCGCUUUGCGGCCUGCGCCAGUUCAAGUCAUGUGGCUUGGCUAUCCAGGUACCAGUGGAGCUAGCUAUAUGGACUAUAUAGUCACCGAUGCGGUGACUUCACCAUUAGAACUCGCAAGCCAGUACAGUGAGAAGCUCGCCUACAUGCCUCAUACAUACUUCGUUGGAGACCACAAGCAAAUGUUUCCGCAUUUGCAAGAGCGCUUGAUUCUCAGUGACAAAAUAAAGUCCCAUAAUAGCUUGGGUGGUCUUGCGGAUAAUGUGGCCGUCAUCAAUGCUACAGAUUUAUCGCCUUUAGUUGAGAAUACGGACAUAAAGGAAAUAAAAGAAGUUGUAAGAGCCGCAAGGCCUGUCGAAAUAUCAAUGAAAGUCGCCGAAUUGCCCACAACUACACCAAUUGAAACUAUGAUUGCUUCUGGACAAAUACAGACAUCAGUGAAUGGUGUUAUAUUACAAAAUGGAUUAGCUACCACACAAACAAAUAACAAAGCAGCGACAGGAGAAGAAGUGCCCCAAUCAAUAGUCAUAACAACCAGACAACAGUAUGGCCUGCCCGAUGAUGCCGUAGUAUACUGCAACUUUAACCAACUCUACAAGAUUGAUCCAUUGACACUUCACAUGUGGGUUUAUAUACUGAAACAUGUGCCAAAUAGUGUGCUCUGGCUUUUAAGAUUCCCUGCUGUUGGAGAACCGAAUCUACAAGCUACAGCUCAACAAUUAGGACUCCCGCCAGGCCGCAUUAUAUUCUCAAACGUGGCAGCAAAAGAGGAGCAUGUCCGUAGAGGACAACUGGCUGACGUGUGCUUGGACACCCCUCUAUGUAACGGUCACACCACCAGUAUGGACAUCUUGUGGACUGGGACUCCAGUAGUCACCUUGCCUGGAGAGACAUUAGCUUCACGUGUUGCCGCCUCACAAUUGAACACACUUGGCUGUCCGGACCUCAUAGCAAGAACAAGACAGGAAUAUCAAGACAUUGCAGUGAGACUGGGAACUGAUAAAGAAUAUCUAAAGGCUAUUCGUGCAAAAGUAUGGGCAGCGCGUACUGAAAGCCCAUUGUUCGACUGCAAGGCGUACGCAUCGGGACUCGAGAUGCUCUACUGCAAGAUGUGGUCGAGGCACGCGUGUGGAGACCGGCCUGACCAUGUUCAAGCUAUCAAAAUGAAGUCCUGUGACAAAUACGAGUAGUGCGACAUUAAAUAUGUGAGAAUGUGAAAAGAUUGAAAAGACUUGGAUUACAAACAAUGUGUGACAAAUUAGAAUUGUACAUGGUGGACUUGUGGUUAGUGUUCUGUUGGUAUAAAGUCCGGCGAAGCAGGAAGAAUUUCGUAUUACCUAUCUCUGUCACUUCCGCGUAAAUAUAAUGCGUCUUGCUCGCUUUAAAUGAGACGCAUAUUUACGCAGCCCCCCGCGUCAGGGUCAGCUAAUAACAGGUUAGUACGAAAUUCUUCCUGCGGAGCGCCGGGAUCUUGGAAACAAUAUAUAAGCCGUAUGACUAUUCAAACAUCUGUGGUAUCAACAAUGUGAAAUGUAAUACUAAGUCAGAGUAGAUGGCAAAUAACAAUUGCUGCCGAUAACAUGGUGUUGCAGUGUCAUCAGACAGCGAUAACCAGUUACAAGUAAUGUACCAGUGUUGUAAUGCAUAAAUGUAUAUAAAUCUUCUGUCUUGUAUAUGUGUCGGAUAUACCAAAUAGUGGACAAUAUCUCAAGGUUUGUGACAUUCAUGAAACUGGUUUGACAAGUUACUGAAUAUUGUGGUAAUAAAGAUGUACAAGACACC